AUGGGGAGAAGACCGAUGAUUAAUAUUGCAAAGUUCGAGCGGAAGAAGGUACACACAUCAAACAAGGAGUCAUCAUCCGCAUGGAGGAAUAAAGGUAAACAGAGAAUCUUUGUCGACACCUGGAGGGACGGAAGAACAUUCACAGCAGUGGAGCAUUGGCUGAAAAGUGAACUAACCAUUGUGGGUGAAGUUCGAAGCUAUGAUCAUCUGACAAGUCUACCAAGUUCAAUUUUGAAUGGAGAUGGUGGGAGAUAUAGCGCAAAAAUAAACGAAGAAUUAACAGUUGUUGCUGACAAUAAAUUACUUAAAAUAGGUAUAUAUGAGGUAGAUGACAACUGGAAGCUGUUUGUGACAUACCCAGAAGACAGUGAGGCUGAAUCAGAAGGGGACGAUGAUGACGAUGCUAUCUCUAAUACUAUGAAGGACGAUGACGAAAUCAAAUCUGUUGAUAUGGGCGAGAUGUUGGAAGAAGGAGAAAUAGGUAAUGAAAGUGAGUCAGCAAGAAUUCACAUGAAUCACAGUUUGAUGAUGAUUCUCAGGUAG